GGUCCAACAAGAGCUGUGAACGAGAUCGAGUCCACUAAUCUACCUACUACUAUGUUCCAGUAUAAAAAGUAGCACCAUGCCCCCUCUCACUAAAUAUGUGUGGAGUCUAAAAGUGCUACUUUCCUUCGCCAAAAUCAUAGACCAUCUUAAUUUACCUGUGCCACAACCAGAUCCAGCCUUGGGCCUAUUUUAUUGCAGAUAUAUCUAAGUGCUAUACGAACAAACGGGUGAGCAUUUUCUACAUACCAGCCAGUUGAAGCAGCGGCGGUGAAAUCAAACUGAAUAUCUGUUUCAUAAUACGAUACGCUCCCAAACACGGGAGGUGGAAUAACGUGCCCUAAGGGAGAGAUAGAAGGGAGCCACAAUGUGGAGAGUUUGGUCCUUUCUGGUUGUCGUCUCCCUCAUUUCAUUGGAGACAGCAAAUGCCUUGACACUUCAGCAAAGAGAGAUACCCGCGGUUGUGCCCUUAGAUAUCAAACGCAAUGAUGUGUCAGAUCCAAUGGCGAGAGACCGUGCCAGACGAAAACGAGACACAACAGCAAUCAACCAAGCUCUUGACAAUGAGGAAACGCUUUAUUUCUGUAAUGUAACGCUAGGAACGCCAAAGCAGAGCUUACGACUGGUUCUGGAUACUGGAAGCAGUGAUCUAUGGUGCAAUGCAGCUAAUUCAACGCUGUGCUCUUCGUCCACAGAUCCGUGCCGUACAUCUGGCACCUAUGACUCUAACAACUCCUCAACAUACACAUAUGUCUCAUCUGAUUUUAACAUUUCCUAUGCGGAUGGAAGCGGCGCGGCUGGGGUUUACGCAACUGACACUCUCCACAUAGGAGGUGCGACUCUACAAAGCUUUCAGUUUGGUAUUGGAUAUUCCUCCAGUUCCUCGGAGGGAGUUCUGGGCAUCGGCUAUACGUCAAAUGAGGUUCAGGUUGGCCGCUUCGGUGAAAGUGCCUAUCCUAACCUUCCUAGUGCAAUGGUGAAGGAUAAUUUGAUAAAGUCAAACGCCUACAGCCUCUGGUUAAACGACCUGAACGCAAACACCGGGUCUAUUUUGUUCGGCGGCGUAAACACAAAGAAGUAUCAUGGUGAAUUACAAACACUUCCCAUCCAGAAAGUCGAUGGGAUUUAUUCUGAAUUCAUCAUUGCUCUCACGGGGGUCGCUUUCAGUUCGGGGUCAAGCAAUCGCAAUUACACUUCGGAUGCGCUUCCGGCAGCUGUUUUGCUUGAUUCUGGAAGUUCUCUUACAUAUCUUCCAGACUCUAUCGUUGAAGACAUCUAUGAUGAUUUUGAUGUCGUGUAUGAACAGUCUUCUGGAGUUGGAUAUGUGCCGUGCAGCCUGUCGCAGAACAACACUAACAUCACCUACACCUUCUCGUCACCUGCUAUCACCGUCGGAGUCGACGAACUUGUUCUCGAUGUAGGAGAUCUCCUAUUCCAGGACGGUGAACGUGCAUGUAUCUUUGGCAUAGUCCCUGCCGGUGACAGUACGGCUGUUUUAGGAGACACCUUCUUGCGCAGUGCAUAUGUUGUUUACGAUCUAGCGAAUAAUGAGAUUUCCCUCGCCAACACCAAUUUCGACGCCACGGGAGACAACAUUCUGGAAAUCGGGACUGGAGAAGACUCUGUUCCUGGGGCCACUAAAGUUGCUAAUCCUGUCACAACAGUAGCAGCUGGUGGCUCUGGGGCAAGGAUUGGUGGACCAACUGGUGCGAUAUUCACAGAUAUCCCAUCAACAACUAGUAGUGGCGGUGCUGCGGCAGAGUUCACGGGUGUUCCGAAGCACUUAGCCAUUGGUGCUGCUGCAAUUGGAUAUAUGCUGGCUCUCUAAUUUUUUCCGAUAUGCCGAUUUCAACGAAGACCUUGCUGAUUAUCCCCUUUCAUGUCUGCUUGGCUUUUGUAGUGUAUGCGUGUUAGUGAUCUUGUCCGCUAAUGCUUCUGUCUUCCGAUACCCCUGGCUUUAUGUUUCAAGCCCCUUUCUGUGUGGAGGAUAUUGAUUUGAUGUUGUGUUAUAUUAACCAGAUUAUCACGAAGCUUUUGCACGAGGUAUAUAAAUAUGUCAUCUAUGAAAAUGGAAUGGGGCCCAGGUUAAAAUUGGAUAUGCCUUACGGUGGUAGGUCUGAGAGCCGAGAGAUAGUAUUGGCGUUGAAAAUCAGC